AUGUCUCUGGGGAUGGACCAGGUUGUGGUUGACACUCUGACGAAAGUGAUGAAUAACACCAUGGUAACUAUGGCAACUAAUGACGACAAAGUCAACAAAGUGGAGUACGCUAAUACUGUUAUAAUGGCCACUGAGAAACUGGUGUCUGCCCUGGUGACCAAAGUAGAAAACUACAGCUACACACCAAUAAAACUCCCAAAUUUAGAAAUCCAGGUUCUUGCGAUCGGACCGAACGUCUCUUACAUCCCUCCUCUCAGAACCAGUACAGCUGAUCUGGAUAUUGAUCUGAUCCAGAUGGCAAAGAAAAACAAUGGAUCAGCUGCGGUGGCGUUCUUGAGCUAUACCAACGUUACCAACAUGAUGGAUCCGGAUCUCUUCACCACAGACGAGAACACCACAAAAACCAUGAUGUCCACUGUGGUCUCGGCCACCCUGAUCAAAAUUACCGACACAAAGCUCACCAAACCCGUCAACUUCACCUUCAAACACACUGCAGAUCUUAUACCUGACUCUAAUCUCACCUGUGUGUACUGGAAUAAAACAGUGUGGGUAGUAGAUGGUUGUAAUCUUCUCCAGACCAGCAGAAGCCACACAGUGUGUUCCUGUGAUCAUCUCUCUACCUUCGCUCUCAUCAUGCAGACCAAACCUCCCAAGGAUGAUGUUAAUCUGGAUCUGCUCAACACUGUACUGGUAUCAGUGGGGCUGGUGUUCCUCAGCUUGGAUCUUCUGACCUUCGCUGUUUGUCGUCGACACCUGAGGAUGAACAACACUCCCAGAAUAAACCUGUGUAUCAGUCUUCUGCUGGCUCACCUGACCUUACUCCUCACUCAGAAAUUCAUACACUACAUCCAGCCUCUACAGUUGCUCUGUGCAGUGUUAGCAGGAGUUCUGCACUUCCUCUUCCUCUCUGCUUUUGUGUGGAUGUUGAUUGAAGCCGUGCUGCUCUUCAUCUCAGUGAAGAACCUCAGAAAGAUCAGAUCCAAGCAGAAGGAGGUGCUCGGCUGGAAAUGGCUGAUUAUAAUUGGAUACCUUAUCCCGCUGGUUGUGGUGGGCGUGUCUGUCGGGCUGUUUUCUGAUGGAUACGGCAGUGAAAAAUGCUGGAUUAAGAUGGACAGAAGCCUUGUGUGGAGUUUUCUGGGUCCGGUGUGUUUUAUUCUCACAGUAAAUUCAGCUCUCUUCAUCAUCAUCAUCGUCCUCCUCAGAUCCGCCCUGGCAGGACUGAACAGUGACGUUUCCCAGUUUAAAGAAAUCAAAAUUCUUGUUUUUAAAACGCUGGUUCAGAGCGCCAUCCUCGGCUGCCCCUGGAUUCUGGGUUUCUUCACUGAGGGCAGUCAGGUGUUGGAGAUGGUCUUCCUCUUCCUCAACUCCCAGCAGGGAACCUUCAUCUUCCUGGUCUACUGUGUCCUCAACCAAGAGUGGACUGAGGUUUGUUUCUAG